AUCCAGCGACUGAGGACGCAUCAGGUGGAGACAACAACUGCAUUACGCACCAAGAAUAUAUAGAACAGUACACUCUGGGCAGCUAACUUCAAACAUAUUGACAAAAUGUCUCAUAAAAAAUAUCUUCACUUAUAUUGUAUCGAAAAACAAUGAGGAACAUUGCAACGAAUUGAGAUACAAUAUUGUGUGAUGGCUGCAUUCAAGAGACUCAAGAGACCUUGAAACAAAUUAUGCUUUAAUUAUCUGAAUAGGCAAAAACGCCUGCCAGCUAGUGUCAAACGCCCCUGGAAGACAUAAUAAGGCAUUUGUGCCCCCUUCACUUACAUUUGACAAUAUUUCAGAACUAGAAAAAGUGAUGAACUCGUCAGGUUUGGACAACCUAACCGAAUUUGCACCAUGGUAUGUCAACAGAACGGAUAUCGAGGAGGAAAAUCCGAAACUUUUGUUCGGGAUUGGCAUGGACAACUUCAUUACGCUUUUGGUUUUCGGACUCAUCUUUACACUUGGAGUGUUGGGAAACUCCAUGGUUAUCACGGUGCUGGCCCACAGUAAACCCGGAAAACCACGGAGCACCACCAACAUAUUCAUCCUCAACCUUAGCAUCGCCGACCUGUCCUACCUGCUUUUCUGCAUCCCCUUUCAGUCAACUAUUUACAUGAUGCCGACAUGGGUUCUAGGUGCCUUCAUCUGCAAGUUUAUUCAUUAUUUCUUCACCGUUUCUAUGCUGGUCAGUAUUUUCACCUUGUCCGCGAUGUCGGUGGACCGUUACAUUGCCAUUGUUCACUCCAGAAAAUCGUCCUCCAUCCGUGUGUCAAAGCACGCUUUGAUCGGAGUGGUGGUCAUUUGGAUACUGUCUUUGGCCAUGGCGGCGCCAGUCGCGGUCAUACACAACAUAUACCAGAGAGACGAGAAUCACACCUAUUGCUGGGAAGUGUGGCCGGAUCAAAACCAAAAGAAAGUCUAUGUUGUUUGCACGUUUGUUUUUGGUUAUGUAUUGCCCCUGUUGCUGAUUUCGUUCUGCUACGCAAAGGUUUUAAAUCACCUGCACAAAAAACUCAGAAACAUGUCCAAAAAGUCAGAGGCGUCGAAAAAAAAGACUGCCCAGACGGUUCUUGUAGUGGUGGUGGUGUUCUGCCUGUCAUGGCUCCCUCACCAUGUGGUCCACCUGUGGGUGGAGUUUGGCAACUUCCCCUUGACCCAGUGGUCCUUCUUGUUCCGGGUGGCGGCCCACUGCCUGGCCUAUAGCAACUCCUCCGUCAACCCUGUCAUCUAUGCCUUCCUCUCGGAGAACUUCAGAAAGGCCUACAAGCAGGUGUUCAGGUGUCAGAUUACCAACUCCCCUCUCAACGAACUCAAGGAGUUCCGCAGCAAGGUGGACAACACACCACCCUCCACCAACUGCACCAACGUCUGAUUGGAGGACACCGAGUGCCAGCUCAACUACGGACAUGAUGAUUGGUUGUUUUCAAGGGGCCUUCUGAGACAUAUAAUGCAAUGAGAUUCCAUGUUUCGAUUCAGAGAUUGUAUGAAGACAAUAUGAAGAAAACUGGAUAUGCACUCAAGGUCCACAUAGGUCCACAUCAGCGCUGUUCCGUCAUCAGAAUAAUGCUACGCCAGACGAUGUGCCAUACUGGACAUACGAUCAUAUGUGUAGUGAGCAUCUCUCUUCCUUUCUCUUUCUCUCUUGCUCCCUCUCUCUCCCUCUAUCUUGCUUUCUCUCUCGUUCUCUCUGUCAUUAUCACAGGAAGAUUGCUGAGUCUGACUCUCAGGAAUGGAAAGAAUGUGGACUUUGAUAUUUCACUGACCCUCUUCUUAUAAAUCAAAACUGUGAACGUUUGGUCAUUUGCCUUCUUAUAUGUGCAGAUAUUUUGUGCAUGUGCAUAUUGUUGGUCCUUCUUAACACUGCAUUUAGGCUGUCUUAAGUAGCUAUUGAAAUUAGCGUCUAUAAUAUAGCUUCACUCUACACAUUAAAGCCUGAGGUUACUGCUGUAUAUUGUACAUAGUAUCCUAUCAUGGAGUAGUUUUGAAUUGUUAAAAAAAAAUAUUAGCUAUUGCUCUAUUAGAUAUUGCUCAGAAUAUAAAAAAUGCACAGUGUAAUUUUCUCUUUAAAGUUGAAUAUUUUUUGAAGAGAAAGCAUUUUGUUGUUUGAUUGUAAUGGCCAAUUCUCUUGUUGCGAGUUGCCAAUGUGUAUACAAGGGAAAUGUUGUCCGUAUAACUUAAACCUGUCUUGCCAUCUGUAAUAGAGAGUUUUCAAUGGAGAAAAAAACACGUUGGGACUUUUAAUAAUACUAUUGUAUAAACUAUUUAAAAAUAGUAUAAUGUCUAGUCAAUAUAAGCCUACUUUAUCUUAUUUAUUAAAUUGGUGUAUGAUAUGGAAAGCUUAAGUCCAUGUUUUCUGGCGUAUUGUUUUGUGAUGACUUUGGCUUGUACAUUACAACUUGUACAGGUACAGUAUGUGGUUUUAUCUUAGUGCUGGAUCACUGAGCAACCUUGCUUCAAAGGCAUUGUGUGGGAUCUCGUUACCCUUUGACUUCCAUUUCCCCUCAUCAUUACAGAGUAAACUAAAGAAAAAUCUUCAAAGAUCAGAGACUGCCAAGAUUUUGUUUGUCACUUACAAUCAGAAGUAAACAGAAAAAAACAUAACUAUUCUCACAAAAGUAUAUCCUGCCCCUUUUCACAGCUAAUGUUUGAUAGUUUAGUGUAUGUGAGAGAGAUUUGAAAAAGUCACUUCUCAUUUUAUGUGUCGAAAGCUAGCUAAUACUCUUUAAAUAUUUAAAUAUUUUGUUUGGUUAACAUAAUCCAAUCAGGGAUUGUCUACUCUAUCAAUCAAUCAAUCAAAUGUAUUUAUAAAGCCCUUUUUACAUCACCCGAUGUCACAAAGUACUAUACAGAAACCCAGCCUUAAACCCCAAACAGCAAGCAAUGCAGAUAUAGAAGCACGGUGGUUAGGAACUAUUCCCUAGAAAGACAGGAACCUAGGAAGAAACCUAGAGAGGAACCAGGUUCUGAGGGUUGGCCAGUCCUCUUCUGGCUGUGCCAGGUGGAGGUUAUAACAGAACAUGGCCAAGAUGUUCAAACGUUCAUAGAUGACCAGCAGGGUCAAAUAAUAAUAAUCACAGUGGUUGUAGAUAGAGAACAAGAAUGAAACAGUAAAAAACUAAAAA